UUUUUCACAGUCCUUGGGUAAUUCACUAAAAUUCGUUAAAAACACGCUUUAGUACUUUGGACUGUUGAUAGGCGGUAUUGUUGGUGUUGACAUAGAUAACAUUUUUUCCAUGAGAAUGUUUACUUUGAAGAGACGGAAUCUGUUGAACCUUGUCCAAAACCUUGGUGCCAGGGAAGCAAUACAUUGUGGCCAUUUUGAUUUAAUGUUCCUGACUAUGGAAACACUGAUCAUCAGUGAAGCAGGAGGAGGGGGCUUGGAGGUCUGAUCCAGAGAGGGGAUUACAGGAUGAGAGUUGAACUGCAUGCAGCCGCAUUGUGAAGAGGGAGUGUGUCGUUGGAUAGGCAGACUGCUUAGACAUAGCUGUGGAGAGUGGAGGUAGAAGCAAGGGGUCAUCAAACUCUGGAGACGAAGGUGAGAUGUGGUGACCAGCGACUGAGGGGAAGUCCUGCUUGUUCAGGAUGAAGAAUCUGUUGCUCAACUAGAGGGCCUGAGGAGGACGAAAGGGGAGCCUCCCACCAUGUUUAUCCUUAUGGGCAGCAGUCCAUAGCUCCUUCUGGCUAGUAGUGGAGUUAACCAGGGCAUUGGGCUGGGUCCAAUGGUCUGCAGCCUAGGGAGCGACGACAUCCAGACAUGGGGCAGUAGAGUCCAGUUCUCAGGCGGUUGUGGUGGCCAGUUGCAAGUGAAGGAUCCAUCCUUCAUCUUUGAUCUAGUACAGGAUGAAUAUUAUCCUUUCCAAUUCGGAGAUUUUCUGGGUCAGGAAGAGACUGCCGUUGCAUCUAGAUGGUGAGCUGACUGAUGAAGAUUUGAGGAGGGCAGAGGACCUCAUCAUUCUGAGAGUUUUAUGCACAUCCACGCUCUGCUUUUCUACUAAAAAGAACCCCGCAUGUAGUCAGAUCCUGCCAAUUCUCCAAGAGCUCGAGAUGCAUUUUGCUGUUGAAGAGGGAGACUCAGUAUUUGUAUCCAACCUGAAGAAGAAAGUUUGGGUAAACCUGUCAAAACUGUACCAGUCAACAGAGCAUGACUGUGGAGAAGAUGGUAGUGUCACAAUGCAAUCCGAGAAAAGCCAUGAGAAUGAGGAAGGAGUGGAGAGGGAGGAAGAGGAGAAUCUAAGUAUAUGA